AUGACUAGUGUUGGAGUCGCUAUGUAUUGGAUCCCGAUGAUGGUCCUCAAACGCCUCAAGAAUAUUUACGUUGACGGUCUUGUUAAUGGAGUGGACAUCAAAGGAUUUACGGACGACUUCAACGCCCAGGCUAAAGCUCAAACCACCAUACAUCAAUCAUACAAGAAAAGCCUGAAGGAAGUCCAUCUGCCAUCUGCUCUUGACCUCACCAAGUUCGAUCAUGAUAUUUCGGACAACGAAUCCCAUUUUUAUCUAGCUCUUCAACAAUGGUGGCAGCUCAAUCUCUCCCCAGCGUUUAUUCAGUUCGCGAAUAAGGUUGACUCACUUUCAAUAUCUAUGCCCAUACUCUUGCAUAACUGUGGACUAGGGUUCAACUGGAAGGAUAUCAUUGACUGGUGGAAAGGUGCCUUGGAUGCAUCAGACAAUGAAGCUUUGAUAGCUCUGCUUGACCUCCUGAAUAAGUUGGCUCACGAUCUACGAACCACACUUGCUCCGUCAUAUGCGGAUUUACUAGAGGUCCUCUUGCGACUUCUGCCACAACCCAUAUCAGCACCCUCCCUUACAGCUCUCCUGGCGACACUCUCAGGACUAUUCAGGUAUCUUCUCGUACCGUCAAUCAAUCUCGAUCUUUUGGACCAUACGUGGUGUUCUUUUCGCGCGGUGCUUCCAACGUGCAAUUCUGAUGUCCAGCGCGCCGCAGCCGAGGUUUGGGGUUCCGUACUCCGGCGGCUGAAGAGCGUUGCGAGGGAGAGAGCUGUAAUUUUGAUGGCAAAGAAUUUGGAAGGCAUCGAGGAUGCCAGCACUUGGAUGAUGAUCUUUGCAUGCAAAUCUAUUUCCCAAACCUUGCACACCAGUGCAGGAUCAUCGAUAGCUUCUCUCAUUGACUGCCACCUGACAAAUGAUCGCCCUGAAUUGUCGUAUACACUCCUUCAACAUGUGCUGACCGCUUUGAUUCACCACUGCAAUGGCCCGGAAGACUUUUCGGUUGUUGCGAGCCUCAUCAUUGAUCGCUUCUGUGCCGUAUCGCAGACUGGUGGUGUGAAUCACCAAGAUCUUCAACGUGUCAUGCAAAUUGCGUCUGUCAUAUGUGCAGUUCAUCAAGGAUCGCGACUGUCUAACUGGCGUCACUGCCGCUUGAUGCUACCUCUGCAUUCCGAAAUUUUGAAUUUUAUGUCUUCACUUCUCACUGCUGGGCCAGGACAUGCAUUUGUCGCUCGGGCUCUUGGUGUUCCUUCCUCCGGCUUGAUGCUCUGCGGUGUCCUUGCAGGGCUAGGAUGGGGUGAUUGGAAGUUUGUCGGACUACCCGCCCUCCUCAAAGCAACCCCUACUCUCCUUCAGGCAGAGCACACCCUCACGUUGCGUCUUCUCGCAUCUCUGCAACAUUCCGGAAAGUUGGGCGAGGUCGAUAUCGUCUGGAAGCGAUGCGUCGAUAGGUGGAUACAAAUCCACUUAUCUAGCUGGGAAAUUAGUGAUGAGUCGGUGGAUCACUUGUACGACAUCAUGAGUCUCUCCAUAUUCGUCGACUCACUGGCGCCCUUAUUGGUGCCCAUCAUUGAACGCGCACUAAACACACCGACACCCGAGGCGAAUUGGCAAGCAUCAUAUGCCAAUGCGGCCUGGGUGAUCGGAACAUGCAUGCAAGCUUUGUCUCGAUGCAAAUCAGCUUCCUGGGAAAUGCAAGUGGAUCCAUCGGCCUGGACGGCAGAGAUCGUGGAGCAUUGGUCGUGGUUUGAUGAAGUAAUGAUAGGUCUAGUCGCACUUCUCGAAGCAUGGUAA